UUUGUAUAUUCUAGUCAAAUACAGGGGCAUUUUGGUUGUUGCUCAUUUAUAUAAUAUGGCCAUGGAAGCCAUUGCCUGUAGAUUUUGAGAAAAAGAAUCGUUAAGGCAGCCAACCCAACAUUUGAUAUUGAUUUCCAAAUCCCAUUUCUUUAUUUUAGCAGCCUUUUUCCUCUAUAACAUAAUUCAUUCAACUUUUUCUUUUGGUGAUUUUUCUAUGAAAAAAAUUUCGUUAUAAUUCCCCUUUUCUUGUUUCUAAAUGGAAUUUUGAGAGGUGUACGAUGUUGGGUAUAUAAAAUAAUCCAAAGGGGAUCUACUGUAAAUAAAUAAAAAAUGCUGUGGCAAUGAUGAGAAGGAAGGACACAAGUGGGCGCAGGAUAACCACGUGGGCAUCUCCUUUCUCAUUGCACGCAGGCACUAUGGAAAUAGAGAUAUGCCUUAAGCCUUAAAACAAAUUUCUCUGCUUCAGGUUCCAAAGUAAAAAAAGAAAAAAGAAAAGAGUGGAGUACUAUACUCGGCAGAUUCUCACAUCUAUUCAUGUUUUUGCUCUGCUUCAUUAGCAAGUUAGUGCUUGUUGAGUAUAUCAAGAAUCUUGGAUUUGAGGUUGUAAGCUUGUGACCAUUCUUUGUUUUUUACUUUCUUUUAUUUUUUGUAAUGUUCUAUUUUCUAGUUUUAGGACACAAGUGUAGAGUUAUGUGCGUUUUGUUCUAGGGAAGGAAACAGGUGGUCUUGAGUGGAGAACGUUUCUUGCUCACUAGGUGUUUGGGAAAGAACCUUCUGUGGCUUCUCUUGCUGGCUGUUGGAGAAGGAACUUUCUGUGGCUUAUUUUCUAUUGAAUGGGAAGAUUGUAUCAGUUUUCAAGUUGGGUUUAUUUCAUUCAAUACUGAUGAACACAUAAAUCAGGAAGAAAAGAUUAUAAGGAUUAGUCAUGAAGUUUAUGAAACUUGGAUCCCGGCCGGAUACCUUCUACACUGCUGAAGCUGUCAGGUCUGUCUCCUCUGAAGUCUCUAGUGAUCUCAUAAUCCAAGUGAAAGGAAGUAGAUAUUUGCUUCACAAGUUUCCUCUGCUUUCCAAGUGCUUGCGCUUACAGAGACUAUGCUCUGAAUCCCCUGAAUCCUCACAGCACCAAAUAGUUCAACUACCUGAUUUUCCCGGUGGGAUUGAGGCAUUUGAGCUCUGUGCAAAGUUCUGUUAUGGUAUCACAAUCACUCUCAGUGCCUACAACAUUGUAGCAGCGAGGUGUGCAGCUGAAUAUUUGCAGAUGACAGAGGAUGUCGAGAAGGGGAACCUAAUAUACAAGCUUGAAGUUUUCUUGAAUUCUUGCGUACUUAAUGGGUGGAAGGAUUCAAUUGUUACUCUACAGAGCACUAAAGCAUUUCCUUUGUGGUCAGAAGAUAUUGGAAUUACUAGCAGAUGCAUUGAAGCCAUUGCCUCAAAGGUCUUGACUCAACCCUCAAAGAUAGGUUUGUCACACAGCCAGUCUAGAAGAGUUAGGGACGAUGUGUCUUGUAAUGGAGCAGAGAGCCAGAGGCAUAAACCUGCAAGCAAGUUGUGGUGGGCUGAAGAUAUGGCAGAACUGGGCAUAGACCUCUACUGGAGAACCAUGGUAGCUAUUAAAUCUAAUGGAAAGGUAGCUUCUAAUCUCAUAGGAGAUGCAUUGAAAAUUUAUGCUGCUAGAUGGCUGCCUAACAUAUCAAGACCAAGGAAUGCUAAUAAUGAAGAAGCAUCUGAUUCAGAUUCAGACUCGGAGAAUGAGACAAAUUCAAAGCAUAGGCUGCUUUUGGAGUCAAUUGUAAGUUUGCUCCCUGCAGAUAAAGGUGCUGUAUCUUGCAGUUUCCUGCUUAAACUGUUGAAAGCAGCCAAUAUCCUUAACGCCUCCUCUUCUUCCAAGAUGGAAUUGGCAAGAAGAGUGGGACUUCAAUUAGAGGAAGCAACAGUUAAUGAUUUGUUAAUACCCUCCUUUUCAAAUGCAAAUGAUACUUUGUAUGAUGUAAACUUGGUAAUGACAAUAUUGGAGCAGUUCAAGUUACAAGGGCAGAGUCCACCCACUAGCCCUCCAAGAUCCAAGUUAGGGUUUGAAAGGAGAAGGUCUCGGUCAGCGGAGAAUAUUGAUAUGGAGUUCCAAGAGAGCAGGAGGUCUUCUUCUGCUUCACAUAGCUCAAAGUUGAAGGUAGCAAAGGUUGUAGAUGGCUAUCUGCAACAGAUUGCCAGUGAUGUGAAUUUGCCACUUUCAAAGUUCAUUGCCCUUGCUGAGUCCAUACCUGAUUUUGCAAGACAUGAUCAUGAUGAUCUAUACAGAGCUAUUGACAUUUAUCUCAAGGCACAUCCAGAGCUAACCAAGAGUGAGAGAAAACGGCUGUGUCGAACGCUAGACUGCAAGAAACUAUCUGUUGAAGCCUGUAUGCAUGCUGCACAGAAUGAGUUACUCCCAUUGAGGGUGGUAGUGCAAGUUCUAUUCUUUGAACAAGCUAGAGCAGCCAUGGCUGGAGGCAAAGUCACUGAGCUGCCUAGGAAUAUCAAGGCACUUCUAGCCUCACAUGACAUUGAUCCAUCAAGGAGUACAGCAGCAUUAAGCACAACUACUAGCAUUGCAGCAGAGGAUCAAUGGAGUGUCUCAGGCCUUAAAUCACCCAAGUCGAAGCUUUCAACUUUAAGAAUGAAAUUGGCUGAAGAUGAUUUGGAGGAACAUGAUCUGCAAUCAAAUGGAACUGGGAGAGCUUCCAAAUUUAAGGCUAUCCGCGCUCUUCCUACACGACCCAGAAGGAUGUUCAGCAAGUUAUUGUCCAUCAAUAGAAGUGCCGGUGAAAAGAAUUGAGCAUGAAUUUUGUUUAGUUUCAAGUGUAAUACACCUUUUUUUUGGUCAUCCUGUAGUUGUAGCUGAAACAAAAGAAUCUUAAUGUGCAUUAUUGAAGUGAUCUAAUGUAAUAAAAAUCAAGAUUUUCAGGGCAUGAGAGGAAAAUCUCUUUGUAUAUCUUAAUUUGAGAACUAGAACAGAAUUCUUGGGGUUAGAUCUGUAAUUGUGGGACCAAUAUUCUUGUAUUAUCUAGAAAUCUGCAACACC